UGAUGAUUUUGAGCUGAUAACUAAAGAAAAACAGAAAAGGUAGUAAGAGAAAAUAGGAGAAAAGAAAAAGUUUCAAAAUUUCAUCCCAUACCAACUAGACAGACCCAGAUCCAAAGUUGCAGACUUUUCAACAAUUUCAAAGUAGUUUUGCCCACAAAAAGGAUUAGAAGAGUAAUACUUUUCUUAAACACACCACACCACCCAUUAUGAAAAGAAAGUAUAUUUUUUUCUAUGUUGUUAGUUGAGUGGAAACAGAGGAUAGGCUCGGAGGAAAAGAAGGAAAAUUAACAAAGGAGUGAUUUUUUUCUUCUUCUCUGGCUGCUUCUCUCUCUCUCCCUCAAACAUCUGGAAGAAGAGAAAGCUUACUCAUAAAUCUCUAGAAUCAGAGGUAAAUGAGUUUUGCAUCUGAAGCUUUAUUUCAUCCCAGGUGAUACAAAAGCAAUCAUGCUUACAAAAUCUUAGCCAACAAUCUUUGUGAGAAAGAAACGCUUUUGAUGAAUCAGUUGGCAAUUGUAGUGGUCUUAAGAUUCUCCAUGCAUAGAUCUUAGAAGUAACAUAAAGGUAAGGAAAGUAAUGUUUGAGACAAAUGGGGAAGAAAGGAAGCUGGUUUUCUGCAAUCAAAAGGGUUUUUACUCCACAUUCCAAAGAGAAGCUAGGCAAUGAAGGAGAGAGAAAGAAUGUAAAAGAGAAGAGGAAGAAAGGUUUUGGGAAGCUAAGGCGUGGAGAGCCUAGUAGCAUUGAGAAGAUCUUUGGCGAGGCUGAGAGAGACCACAAUCUUUUCUUCAGGCCUUCUACUCCUCCUCCUGAUCCUGACCGAUCAAAUCCACCCUCAUACUCUCCUCCUCCUCCUCUCAGGCCUGCUUCUCCUCAGCUUCCUUCUCCAAAGCCUCAUCCUCCUCCUAGAGCAGACCUUCCAAGAUUGGAUCCUCCAAGGCCUCCUGAUCUAUCAGCGUCCUCAUCAGCCUCUGCCAGUGCUCCUCCUCCUCCUCUGAAGCCUGCUUCUACUCGAGUUCCUUCUCAGAGAAUUAACCCUCCCAUUGUUCCUUCUCCAAGACCAACUUCACCAAGAGUUGUCUCCCAACAAGCAGUCCCUCAAAAGCUGCCUUCUCCAAGAGCAGACUCACUGAGAUUGAAUAAUCCAAGACCAUCUUCACCAAAGCCUCCUUCUCCAAGAGCAGACUCACCACGGUUGAAUACUCCUAGACCUCCUUCUCCAGGAGCAGAACCACCUACACUGGAUGCACCAAGGCCCAUAACGCCUAGGCCUCCUUCUCCCAGACCCGUUUCACCUAGGCCUGUGCAGCGAAGGGAGAUUGUCCCUAGACCAGAACCAACUCUCUUGGUCCAACAUGCUUCUGCAACAAAGAUCCAAGCAGCUUUCAGAGCCUACAUGGCAAGGAGGAGUUUCAGAGCUCUCAAAGGACUAGUCAGGCUUCAAGGCGUGGUGAGAGGACACAGCGUGAAACGCCAGACAAUAAACGCAAUGAAGUACAUGCAGCAACUGGUCCGUGUUCAGUCCCAGAUUCAGUCACGCCGCAUCAAAACGUUGGAAAACAAAGCGCAGGCUGAGAGAGACGAAGCUAAAUGGGCUGCUGCAUCAGACGCUGGUAAUGGUAACUGGGACGACAGUGUGCUGACAAAAGAAGAAAGGGAUGCAAGAUCUCAGAGGAAGACCGAUGCAGUCAUCAAGAGGGAACGAUCUAUGGCCUAUGCUUAUUCCCACAAGUUGUGGAAGAACAGUCCCAAGUCUGCAGCUUCUACAGGUGGGCUCCCUCUAUGGUGGAACUGGAUGGACUGGCAGCUUCCUCUAGCUAGUCCUGCACCGAGCUACAGAGACUACAGGCUAACACCAACAAGACUGAGCCCAAGCCCUCUCUCUCACCAUUUCAGGCAUGACAGCAACUUCGACACUUCCACACCAAAAUCGUCUAGGUCUACACUUCUCACCCCAUCAAGACCCAUCCGCACAGGCACAUCAAGAUACUCUAGAGGGAGAGGGCAAGAUUCUCCUUUCACAGACAAUGACAGCCUCACAAGCUGCCCUCCUUUCCCUAGCUACAUGGCUCCAACGGUCUCCGCCAGGGCCAAGGUUAGACCAAGCAGCAAUCCGAAGGAGAGAGUGAUGGGUACACCGUCGUCGGUUAGUAGCGAGAGGAGGAGAAUGUCUUAUCCACCGACACAGCAAGGUAUGGAUACGUUUAGAUGGAACAAAGGAUCAUUGGUCAUGAGCAACAGCAGUGGCCAGAGAGGUGGUGGUGGUCCUAGUUCACCUGGAGGUGUGGUUCUUGAGAAGCACAAGACACUUAAAUCAGUAGGGAAUUUGAGUAUUGGUUCUUCUACUGUCUCGAUGGCAGAUGGUAGGAAGCGGUUUAACAGAUAUGUGUGAUUUCAUUUUGAUUGAAACUUUUUUUUUUGUAUGUUACUUUGGCUUCAUUUUGUGGGUUGUGUUGAUUUUGAGUGAUGUUGUAGUGUGGAUUAUGAAUGUAACAUAAUAAAAUGAAAAACAAUGACAAAGGAUUUGGUUUGA